AUAAUAAAAGCAAAUUUUUUUUCUAUUAGAGGAAAUUUCAAACACAUUAUGUUCAUUUAAAAAGUUUACUAUGACUUUAUGCAGUUUAUGAAACCGAAGGCAGUCAUGAAUUUUACUUCAAAUUGAGUUAAACAAAAAAAAAAAAAAAAAAAAAAAAAAAUCGUAAUAAUCAGUAUCUGCUUAUUCCAUAAAAGAAAAUAUUCAGAACGGAAAAGUAUUACUGCGGGAAUCUAGCGGUAAAUUUUACAUCUAAAUUAAAUCAAUUGCAGUGAACUGUCUAAUAAAAAUAAAAAACGAAAAAUAAACUAGAAACGACCCGAUUGAUUUUCAAUUUUCAAAAAAAAUAUAAGAAAAAAGAAGACAUUUAGCCGCAAAACCGCUAUAGGAGGAUGUCAGCAGCUUGUAUUUUCAGCCUGAAAUUAAAUAAAUUAUGGAAGAUUCGGUCCAGUCCCUUGUUGUUCAAGAAAAAUAUAACAAUCACCCGCAAUUAUAAUACAAUUAAAAGGGAUUUAUUCGGCCCGAUCAACCCCAUAGAGAUGAAGAAACUUUUUCAGGAGGCAUUACAAAAAAAUUCUAAAGAAGAAGCAACGAAUUUGAGCCCCAAUUUUCGCAUGAAUUCACCGCUGAUGACUGCAUACUUCCCAUUUAUAUAUAAGCGUAUAAUUGGCAGCGAAGGUGGCAUUAUUGUUCCAGAGGUGCGUUCUUUAAGCUCAAUUUUCUUUAUUCAGCCUCCGCAAAAAGCUUUUACUUCUUUAUUGGGAGAAAAUAUUUAUGAAAAAAAUGACGGAAAUACAAACGAUAUAGAUUUUAACGAAUGGUUUAACGUUGCUGACACACCCAUGACGUUCGAUUUUCCCGAAAUUCGCCACGACUCAGUGGGCGGGCCUGAAAAUUGCCCAGCGGCUUCGGAAGAAACUUUAAUACGAAAGAAAAACCAAAAGACAUAAGCAAAUCAUAUCAUGCAUUAUUCACUUCAUGCAUCACUGAUGACCGCUCUGAACGGACACCGAUGCCUCCUCAAUAUAUUUUAAUCAUUUUAUUGAUAUUCGCUAUUCUAUUUUCAAUCAAGAUUUACGUAACUUUUUAGCUCAUUAACGAAACGAUAUUUACGUUUUCGCAUUAAAAUUUUUACAAUUAUAUAUAU